AUGAAUCAUUUUCGUAAUCAUCAUUUAGGUUGUUCUUCUCAAGAAAUGCCUCCGUUGCCAUUGUUACUAGAUUGUAAUGACUUUAAUUUAAACAAUUAUGGUGAAAUUGAAAUUGAACAACAUGAACAACAAGAACAAGGUGAACAACAAGAACAACGAAUUUUAUCGUGGCAAUACGAAAAUCAUGAUUCAUUAGAUGAUAUCAAAAAAUUUUAUUUGAAGAUGCUGUUAAAAGUACGAGAAGGUCAUGUACUUCCUGGUAAUAUUAUGAAGACUAUGGUAUUAUCUAUUACUUGUCUGUUAGAAAUUUUUUCAUAUCAUUUGUUAUCAAAACUUCACAUGAAUAUUGAUAAUGCCAUAUCAAACAAUUUUAACAAUGAUGUUGAAAAAACAUUAUUUGAAAUAUCAAAAAGUGAAGAUUCAUUUAUUUCUUCUUGUCAAAUUUAUUUCAAGUUUGUCAAACCAAAAGAAAUAAUCUUACCUACGGGAAAUAAAGCUUAUUACAUUCCAUUAUGUGAUCUACUUAUGAAUUUAUUUGAAAAAAAAGAUUUUUAUGACAGCAUUAAACAAGAAAAAGAACUUAUAUCUCAAUUUCAUGAACAAGAUAUUAUUUAUCAUUAUCGAAAUGCAGAAAUUGGACGACAACAUCAUAUCUUAAAUAAUAAAAAAAAUUCUUUAUUAUUACAGUUGUACUCUGAUGAUUUAGGUGUUGUUAAUCCAUUGAUGGGUAAGACUGCUGUACACAAAUUGACAACAUUUUAUUUUUCGCUUGAUGAUUUACCAUCACGCCAUAGUUCUUCUUUAAGUGUCGUAUAUUUACUUUUAUUAUAUUAUAAAAAAGAUUUUGAAGAUCAAAACAAUCGUCGAAUUUUAUUUGAACAAUUAGGUCAAGAUUUAAGAAGCUUGGAAAAUGAUGGUCUUAUAUUACCUGGUGAUAAAACUCCGACUUAUUUUACAAUUAGCACAUUAUGUGCUGAUAAUCUAGCAGCUCAUGAACUUGGUGGAUUUACAAGAACUUUUACUACUGGUUAUUUUUGUCGUUAUUGUUUCACGCAUCAUCACGAUAUAAAACAUAUUUACAAGGAAUCACAAACAUUAAUUCGUACAGCUGAAUCGCAUGAUAUUCAGCUAAAACAUGUAGAAAACGUGCCUUCAGAUAAAUCUAUGUAUGGUAUCAAUGAAGCAUCAGCAUUAUCAUUUAUUUCAUCGUUUCAUCCUAUUACUUCUCUGCCACCCGAUUUGAUGCAUGAUGUAAUGGAAGGUAUCAUGCCUAAAUUAACUAGUUGCCUAUUACACGUGGUGGUGUCUAAUCGUUUAUGCACAUCUUCAAAAAUAUGUCAAAUGAUAAACAAAUUUACUUAUGGUAGCAACGAUAAAAGAAAUCGACCAACUGUAUUGAAAGAAAAAGAUAUUUCGGAAAAAAUUAUUCGAGGAAAAGCUAUGGAAAAAUAUUGUUUAUUUUUGAAUUUGCCAUUUAUGUUAUUCAAUAUUGUUGACAAAAUUCCUUAUUGGUUUUUAUAUGAACUAUUACGUGAAAUAUGGGAUAUGUUAUACUGUGAUUUUCCAAGAAAAUCUUGGUUGUCAACUCUUCAAGAAUUAAUUGAAGAAUUUAUACAAUUGUUUCAAACAAUUUUUCCUGAACAAUUCACUCCCAAGUUUCACUAUCUUCUUCAUGCAGCACGAAAUACAGCAAAAUAUGGUCCUUUAAAACGGCAAAUGAAUUUACGUUAUGAAGCAAAACAUCAUUUGUUAAAACAAAUCGCCAAUCGAUGUAAUAAUUUUAUUAAUUUACCAUACACGAUUUCUAAACGUAUACAACUUCGCCAGUGUUACGAAUUAAUUGAUGAAAAUGUAUUUAAAUUAAAUAAUGUUAGUGGUAAAAUUCAUACACGACGCAAAAUAACUUUUAAUCAAUCAAUACAAAAAGCAUUACUUGAUGACAAUCAAUUCAUUUAUGGCGACAUUGUUGAAUUUGUCAAAUGGGUAUUGAUAGAUAAUGUUAAAUACAAGGUCGGAGAUUUUUUUGUUGCUUAUUUAUUAGGUGGAGAAGAAAUUCCAUUAUUCGUUAAAAUUAAAUUUAUUAUUCAUAUAGUCAAACAAUGGCGUUUUAUUGUUCAAUGUUAUGAUACAAUUACAUUUAGACAAAAUUUAUGGUGUUAUGAAAUUAAUCCAUCAAACAAUAAUUGCAUAUUGGGUAAAAAUGAAUUUUUAACGCAUAAAGCAGAAGAUUGUUAUUAUAUAAAUAAUUCAUAUUUCAUUCGUGUACCUUAUCGAUUAACUGUUAUUGAAUGA